AUGGAAAAUAUUCUAUUCAUUAUCACUAGUUCUAGGAUAUUUUACAUAACAAACUCAAUCGUCUUUUUACAAUUAAUUCUGAUAUAUCUUGUUAUUACUUGAGUAGCUAUAUCAUUGUUGCAAUGUCGAAUCCACCGUCGCGCGGUGUAAUCCAAAUGGUGUUUAGAAAUUUCCUAAACUCGCUGAAACCUCGCCAAUGGAAGGGUAACUUCAUGGGUGAAGAUUAUUUCGGAAACAAGUACUACGAGAUUCCGGCAAACCCGUCGAUCGGUCAACGUAGAGUCCAAAGAUGGUUUGAACCAACUGAAAAGGAGGCAUACGGUCAGGAAAUUACUGCUGAAUGGGAGGCUUGGUUGCGCGGUAGAAGAAAGGAACCCCCGACGGCAGAGGAACUGACACGUAAUUUGGCUAUAAUGAAGAUGAAAGAGCGAAAUGCAGCCAAAUUGGAUGAAAAAUACGGCAAGAAGAAGGACGUUGAUGAGUUAGAAAAACGAACUACUGGCAUGGGAUCGUUUCCGGAGUAUGAAGAGUACGAAGUAAUGCCCGGAAAAGGCAAGAGGGAAAAAUAAUACGUAGUGAAUGAAUAGUUUCUAGCAGUAUCCGUUUUUAAAAUAAUGAAGCUUUAUUUGAUCUGCUUAUGAGAAGCGCUAUUGUAUAUACAAUUAUAAUAAUAGGCUAUAAUUAAAUUGUUAUGAUUAGCAAAUCAA